AUCUAUUUAAAUGAAACUCUUUAGAUCCCAGAUCAGUGCAAACUCAGACGGUACGACCGAAACACAAAAGCGCACAAAAUGAAGAUAAUAAUUCUAAUCUUGGCGUUAGUUUUAAAUUGUCUCGCUCAGAAUGUUUCCGAGCUAACCGCGUACAAUUAUCACGAAAGAGUUGGCAUACCGAGGGCGAGGUCCAUAAAGUUGUCUGAAGCGACGUCGCCCAGGAUAGUGGGGGGGGCCCAGGCGGCGCUCGGGACGUUUUACUAUCAAGCAGGCCUGCUGAUAUCCCUGACCCGCGGGGGACAGUCGAUCUGCGGCGGCUCGCUGCUGUCCACCACGCGCGUGCUCACCGCCGCGCACUGCUGGUGGGAUGGGCAGAACCAAGGUAAAGCAAUGACGGUGGUGCUGGGUUCCCUGAAGGUGUUCAGCGGCGGCACCCGCGUGCUGGCGACCAGCGUGGUGGUGCACCCCACGUGGAACCCGCAGGACAUCACGCACGAUGUCGCCAUGGUCAAGUUUCCCGCCAUCACUUAUACGAACAACAUAAAGGCGAUCCCGCUGCCGUCCGCCGCGGAGGCCGCCAGCGACUUCGCCGGGCUCACCGGCACCGCCUCCGGAUACGGGAAGACCAAGGAUGGCCAGAGCGUAACCCCAUCCACGGCCACAUUAUACUACAAGGACCUGAGCAUCAUCAGCAACAGCGUAUGUCAGAAGAGGUUCGACUUCCCUCUCCACGGCAGCCAUCUUUGUACCGACGGCGCGAAGGGAGUGGGCACGUGCGACGGCGACAGCGGAGGCCCGCUGACUGUCACCAGGAGUGCUUCGAGGGUUCUGGUGGGAGUGGCGUCAUUCGGUCUCGGCAGCGGCUGCCAGCGCGGGGACCCCUCCGUCUACAGCCGGGUCACCGCCUUCCUGCCCUGGAUCCGGGCCAACCUAUAAAAAAACCCUAUCCUUAAAGCGACAGACUUUUUAAUUCCAUCUUGACUUCUAAUUAAUUGGCGAUCAAAGAAAAACCACAUAAAAAUAUCGCCGCUGACAGGCUCAGAGCAUGAAAGGAAUUCUAUUUUGUAUUUAUGUCAGCAAAGUAUGCCGUAAUGAAAAUAUCAUUUACCUAGUUUGAAAGACGUGGAAGAACUUUGAAAUUAUAUCCAAAGAUCCUUUCAAACAUGACACUGAUGACCCCUGGACGCGGCGCGCAUACUAAGCAAAGGGUCCUCCAUGACCCUUUACUAAAGCGCCCCAACAAGCCAUAAUAGGGCGGCAAACAUAAAGGAAGAUGAAUAAAAUUGAUUACAAUAUUUACGUGAAAAUACGGCUAUAACCCGGCAAAAUAGCCGACCCACGCCGGACGAGGAUGCAUUAAAAAGAAAUGUGGCUUUAAAUUUAGUGGAAUUUUUCACGACACAAUUUUUUCGUCCUGCAGAUAAAUGUUGAAUGUGUUUUUUAUAUUUUUGUACAAUUUUGUUUUACAUCACUCUUGUAAUGGAUUUUGUCCCAAAGACAUCAAAGUACAUUUUUAUUAAAAAUACAUAUACUUAAUGUAA